UUGUGGACCUCCCCAAAAAAGGAUUGCUCAAUAUCUAAAUUCUCUGCUUUUCUAAGAGUAAUAACAUUCAUAAAUUUCUGUCAUACAAGUUAUUACAAGCUAUUGUUUCAGAAUAUGCCGAAAUGGUUCAGUCCAAACAUGGCCAUUAAUGAGUUGCGUGAAAUCAACUGGGUAGGUCCUAUCACAGUGGAGACCACCCAAGGUGGUAAAGUGAAAAUACCUGAACCAACAGCUCAUACCGGUCCACGUCCAGUGCAAAUACGUAUCUUAUCACCUGUACAUCGACCUCACAUGUCUCCAGCGGGUAGUUCAAAUCAACAACCAGCCUCACCUUAUAUAGUUUUUCAUUGUCAUGGUGGAGGAUAUGUAGCCACUUCAAGUAAAUCGCAUGAGACCUACCUCCGAAUGUGGGCAAAACUUUUAAAUUGUACUGUGGUAUCAGUGGAGUAUUCGUUAGCGCCGGAGAAUCCUUUCCCACGGCCCACCGAGGAAGUAAUGUUCGCCUAUGCGUGGAUCAUCAAUAAUCCACAUUUAGUCGGUUGGACUGGCGAGAAAAUGUGCAUGGUUGGAGAUUCAGCUGGUGGUAAUUUGAUAAUGUCAGUGAAUCUUCGACUGAUUGAGUUGGAUGUGAAAAAGAAACCGGAUGGUAUUGUUCCCGUGUACACACCGUUUUUAUUUCAGUAUCUACCUUCACCAUCUCGGUUAUUGAGUGUAAUGGAUCCCCUUCUUCAUAUGGGAGUUGUAUUGCGAUGUGUUGCCGGUUAUGGGAGCUUUCAAAGGAUUGAAGAGAACCAAGAUAAUGCAGGACAUAAGUCCUUGCAGGAAUACGUGGAACAAGUCCAGAAAUCUCAACGGUUUGACUUUGCGGUAAGUUUCACUACUUAG